AGAGUGUAAAAGUCGCGUCGUCGCAUACGAGUAUACGACUCCAGAAGCGCCGCGGCGGCCUCAGUUUGGCUGGCCGGUCCGUUCCGAGCGGUGGGAUUCGCGCGCGCUCUCUAGGGCACACACAAGAUAUAUCGAUAUAAGCCUAUAUAGCCAACAGUUGAGAGUCUGGAAGAGACACGGAGCCAGUGAGUUUUCGUUCCGAGUCUCUUUGCCUCUUUCUCGCCAGUGUUUUGUGCAUAGCAGCCGGGGUGAGCUGGCGCGACGAGGAUGACGGGCGAGGAGAAAAAGGGUGGCGGCGGUGGCGGAGGCGGCAAGAACAACGCGACCACUGGGGUCAGCAACGGCAACGCGAACGAGAUGGUGAUCGACAGCAACGUGCAGACGACUGUGCAGCAGCAGCCGAUACAGACUAACAACGUCGAGGUGAGCCAGCAGAACGGCGGCCCGGAGAAGGCGCCGGUCGUCGCCGGGACCAACGUCGAGACUCUUCCGAGAACCGGCAAACAGGGUGACCCGAGCACGUCGUUCCUGCGCGCAGCUCGAGCAGGCCAGCUGGAGAAGGUGCUGGAGUUCCUGGACGCGGGCGUCGACAUCAACGCCUCGAACGCGCGACCGCUUAAGGGUGUUGUUACAUGCUUGCAGAACGGAUUGAAUGCCUUACAUUUAGCGGCCAAAGAUGGCCACUUGGAAAUCGUUAGGGAGUUGCUCGCUCGUGGGGCAAUCGUCGAUGCCGCGACGAAAAAGGGAAACACCGCGCUGCACAUCGCCUCUCUUGCUGGUCAAGAGGAGGUGGUGCAGUUGCUGGUGCAGAAGGGAGCCUCGGUCAACGCGCAGAGCCAGAAUGGAUUCACGCCGCUGUACAUGGCGGCCCAGGAGAACCACGAUUCCGUCGUCAAGUUUCUCCUCAGCAAGGGGGCCAACCAGACACUCGCGACCGAGGAUGGCUUUACGCCGCUGGCCGUGGCGAUGCAGCAGGGACACGACAAAGUCGUCGCGGUUCUUCUAGAGAACGACACGAGGGGAAAGGUUCGGCUACCGGCUCUCCACAUAGCUGCGAAGAAGGACGACUGUAAAGCAGCCGCUCUACUUUUGCAGAACGACCACAAUCCAGAUGUGACGUCGAAAAGUGGAUUCACGCCUCUUCACAUCGCCGCUCACUACGGCAACGAUAGAAUCGCUUCCUUGCUUUACGAUAAAGGAGCUAACGUUAAUUUCGCAGCUAAGCACAAUAUUACUCCAAUGCACGUGGCAGCCAAGUGGGGAAAGAUCAAAAUGGUCAAUCUGCUGAUGAGCAAAGGAGCGAACAUCGAAGCCAAAACUAGGGACGGGCUCACUCCUCUUCACUGCGCCGCCCGUUCCGGGCACCACGAAGUUGUCGAUAUACUCAUCGAGAAGGGAGCUCCGAUAGGUUCAAAGACGAAAAACGGCUUGGCACCCCUACACAUGGCGUCCCAGGGCGACCACAUCGACGCUGCCAGAAUCUUGCUCUACCACCGAGCUCCAGUCGACGAAGUUACGGUGGACUACCUCACGGCCUUGCACGUAGCGGCGCACUGCGGUCACGUUCGCGUGGCCAAACUACUUUUGGACAGGAACGCCGACCCAAAUGCCAGAGCUUUGAACGGUUUCACGCCUCUGCACAUCGCUUGUAAAAAGAAUAGGAUUAAAGUUGUCGAAUUACUCUUAAAGCAUAAGGCCAGCAUCGAAGCAACUACGGAGUCCGGCUUGACGCCUCUGCACGUCGCGAGUUUCAUGGGUUGCAUGAAUAUCGUCAUUUACCUAUUGCAACAUGAAGCUAGUCCAGACAUACCGACAGUACGAGGUGAAACUCCUCUGCAUUUAGCUGCUAGAGCCAAUCAGACUGACAUUAUUAGGAUACUCUUGAGGAAUGGAGCUCAAGUUGAUGCUCGUGCUAGGGAGGAUCAGACACCGCUUCAUGUCGCAUCGCGUUUGGGUAACGUUGACAUCGUCAUGCUCCUGCUGCAACACGGCGCCGACGUUGACGCAACGACGAAAGAUUUAUACACUCCUCUCCACAUAGCUGCCAAGGAAGGCCAAGAAGAGGUGGCAUCCGUUUUACUAGAAAACGGAGCUUCGCUUACUGCUACUACCAAGAAAGGGUUCACGCCCUUACAUUUAGCCGCUAAGUAUGGUAAUAUGAACGUAGCUAGACUUUUGCUACAGAAAAAUGCUCCGGUUGAUGCUCAGGGAAAGAACGGAGUAACUCCACUUCAUGUAGCGUCUCAUUACGAUCAUCAAAAUGUAGCGUUACUUCUCCUCGAUAAAGGCGCUUCACCGCACGCCAUGGCCAAAAAUGGUCACACGCCUCUACACAUCGCUGCCCGUAAGAAUCAGAUGGACAUAGCUACCACGCUGUUAGAGUAUGGAGCUAAGGCUAACGCGGAAUCUAAAGCUGGCUUUACACCACUUCAUUUGAGUGCUCAAGAAGGUCACACAGAUAUGUCGACCUUGCUUAUUGAGCAUAAAGCUGACACUAAUCACAAGGCAAAGAAUGGACUCACGCCGCUUCACUUAUGCGCACAAGAAGACAAAGUGAAUGUUGCUUCUAUUCUCGUCAAAAAUGGCGCUCAGAUUGACGCAAAGACAAAAGCCGGUUACACGCCGCUUCACGUGGCGGCUCAUUUUGGUCAAGCUGCGAUGGUCCGAUUCCUCUUGAGCAGCGGUGCCUCCGUGGACAGCAGUACCAGCGCCGGCUACACGCCUCUGCACCAGGCUGCUCAGCAAGGCCACACGCUAGUUAUAAAUCUGCUGCUGGAGAGUAAGGCCAAGCCUAAUGCUGUCACUAACAAUGGCCAGACGGCGUUGGAUAUCGCACAAAAACUCGGGUACAUCAGCGUCAUCGAGACAUUAAAAGUCGUGACGGAGACGGUUAUCACAACUACCCACACAAUCACCAUCGAAGAGAAAUACAGAGUUCAGGCACCUGAGUCGAUGCAGGAAACGUUCAUGAGCGACAGUGAGGACGAGGGCGGUGGCGACGAAAUCGGCAUGGCGGCCAUGAAUGUGUACGGGCAACCGCCUCACGCGCAACACGUGUACCUCCCUUCCUACUACCAGGGCCAAAUGACCUACACUCGCGAGGACCCGAUGCUCAGCGACCAGCAACAGUACCGAUACAUGACCGGCGACGAGAUGAAAUCCAUGGGGGACGACUCGAUGCGAGUCAACGUAACCGACGACGAGAGAGACAAUCGACACUCCGGAGCACCGACCAUAACCGAGAUGAUAACCAAAGAGAGCUACAAUCGGCAAAACGCGGCGAAUCUGAAGCCAGACAAUGUGGACAUCAACCGACAUCCAGUUCACGUUGGUGCGUCACUAGAGUCCUUAAAUACGUCGCUGGCUGCCCUUGGUAUCGUGCCAAAAGGACAAGGAAUGUGGAGGGACAGCUUCCUGGUGUCGUUCCUGGUGGAUGCGAGAGGAGGAGCGAUGAGGGGCUGUCGCCACAGCGGCGUCAGAGUCAUAGUGCCGCCACGAAAGGCCACCAUGCCGAUGAGGAUCACCUGCAGGUAUCUCAAGAGGGACAAGCUUACGAAUCCACCGCCGCUCAUGGAGGGUGAGGCUUUGGCCAGUAGAAUUUUGGAGCUGGGACCUGUCGCUGCCAAGUUUUUGGGACCUGUUAUCAUAGAAGUACCACACUUUGCCUCGCUGCGAGGAAAGGAAAGAGAGAUCGUUAUCUUGCGAUCCGACAAUGGAGAGACCUGGCGCGAACACACCCUGGAAGCCAGCGAAGAGGCCGUACAGGACGUUCUAAACGAGAGCUUUGAAGGAGAAGAAUUAAGCCAGCUGGAGGAUCUCCAUACUUCACGAAUCGUAAGGAUACUGACAGUCGACUUCCCGCACUACUUCGCAGUCGUUUCGCGGAUAAGACAAGAGGUGCACGCGGUUGGUCCCGAGGGUGGAACUGUGUCAUCGUCAGCCGUGCCGCAGGUUCAGGCCAUCUUCCCGGCGUCUGCUCUUACCAAGAAAAUCAGAGUUGGACUGCAGGCUCACCCGAUACCGGCUGAGCUCGUGGCGAAACUUCUGGGCAACCGGGUCGCGGUCUCGCCCAUUGUCACGGUGGAGCCGCGCAGAAGAAAGUUCCACAAGCCGAUUGUAUUGACCAUACCGGUGCCGCAAGCCGCCAACAAGGGCAUGAUCAACCAAUACUCCGGAGACGCGCCGACGCUCAGGCUCCUCUGCAGCAUAACUGGUCGUUCAGGGGGUCAGUCUCGGGCGGUUUGGGAGGAUGUGACCGGCUCAACACCCUUGAGCUUUGUCAAGGAUUGCGUCUCAUUCACGACCACCGUGUCAGCUCGUUUUUGGCUAAUGGACUGUCGAAAUAUAACGGAGGCUACCAAAAUGGCAACCGAAUUAUACACGCACGCCACGCACGUACCUUUCAUGGCUAAGUUUGUAGUUUUUGCUAAGCGUGUCGACCCGUUAGAGGCAAGAUUGCGCGUAUUUUGUAUGACAGACGAUAAGGAGGACAAGACUCUGGAGCACCAAGAGCACUUCACCGAAGUUGCGAAGAGCCGAGAUGUCGAGGUUCUCGAGGGAAAGACACAGUACAUGGAGUUUGCUGGUAACCUCGUACCAGUACUGAAGAGCGGCGAACAAUUACAGCUGCCGUUCCGGGCGUUUAAGGAGAACCGGGUUCCGUUUACCACGAGGGUAAAGGAUCCCGACGCGGCCGACAUGAUGGGCAGAAUAAUGUUCAUGAGCGAGCCCAAGGUUCCCAAGGGAGAACCUCCUCAGACUCCUAUAUGCACGUUGAACAUCUUGUUGCCCGAGAAGAUUUCCCCGGACGGCGGAAGCUCGGAGCUCGACUUGCUCGAAUUGUCCAAGAAUUACAGCUUCCUGCGAGAUGGUGGUCUGAGCCGGCCAGACGCCAUCCAUCGGGCAACGAUCCGCCUGACGGACAUAGCCAACUUGCUAGACAAGGACUGGGAAAAGCUCGCUCUCGAGCUUAACGUCACUCCCAACGAAAUCAGCCAGAUCAAGGAAGAACACCCUGACAAAACGGCCCAGCAGGCCACUGCUAUGUUCAAGCUCUGGCAGAGCAAUGGAAAUAAAGCCACCGGAAACACAUUGGAGAAGGCGUUAAACAAAAUCGGCCGAGAGGAUAUAGUUAAAAAAUGCAUAUUCAACGUUGAGCUGGUAACCGACGACGUCGAGAAGGCCGUCGCUCGCGUCAGGUUGGAUCAACCUGGUUUUGACUCUCUCAAGGAAGAAUUGGGUCCAUCGAGAAACACAUCUCUUCGACGAGACGCAACGAUGGAUCCCAAAAUGGACCCGGAUUACGAGGAGCCUGAUAGAAUGAAGGACUCAGAAUCCGUGGAAGACCUCACUACUACUGGAGGUGGACAAAAAACACCUAAACAGCACAUAACUAUUACAAAUGGCACUGUUCACAACAACGCCACCUCGACCCCCAUCAAAGACAAAUAUGCCAGUGACGAAAAAGAGCUUGGUGACAUGAUGGCCGAUUUUAUCGAGCAUAAAUUUCAUACCACCGAUACAAUGGUGAAAAAAUCUCGCGAUGAAAUUGACGAUGAUAAUAAAAAGCGACAAAGGGUCUUGGAGGACGCAAACAAAAUCGUUUCCGGUGUAAAACAAGAUGCUGAGAAAGAGAUGGGCAAAUUAGCGAAGGAAGGGUGGUCGGUGGUUUGUGAUGACGAUGUGCGAACAAAUGAGGUAGGGCAUGUUAUAAAGCAACAGAAACAUUCACUGUCUGAUAGUACGGAAGGAAAGAUUGAACCGCCGAUCGUACAGCAACAGUGUAUCGUAGGUACAAAUGGUGAUAGAACCAUUACGACAAUAACGACUAAAACAAUAAUUACAACCAGUAAGGACGGUAAGAGUAUCGAACCGAAAUUCGAUAACGCGGAAAUCGGUUAUGAUACUCCAGAUUUCGCAAGGAGUUCUGGUACACCAGUGACGACUGGUCAAUUAACCAUUACUACUAGUCAGAAGGAUAAAACACCGAAAUCAGAUAAAGAUAAGGUAGCCGUCUUAAAAACGAGUGAACAGCAAAAGUCAAAAUCAAAGCCUAGUGACAAAGAGAAAAUGUCAAAGGAAGGAAAAGAAGUUGAUGAAGCUUUACAAAAAAAUGCUAGCAAGAGUGUUUCUGUAAUCAAAAAGAAGGGUAAAGAUGCGAAAAGUGCAGUAAAAGAGAAAACAGGAAGUGUGGAAGCCAAAAAAGAUACCGACGAUUCUAACCCGUCAUCAGCAUAUGAAACUGUAUAUAAUGUACAACCUACGUCAGAUCAAGAUACCCAAGAUGAAUCGGAAAGUGAAAGUAAAAAACCAAAAGAUAAGUCGUCACGUAUAUUUUCAGGUAUUUUUAAAAGCCCGAAACUAAAAAAAGACAGGUCAAAAGAUUCAAAAGAUGUCUCGUUUGACAGUGGAGACGAGGAAUCGAAAAUAGCAACUAUGAAAUUAUUAGAAGACAUCCGAAAAACUGCAGAAGAGUCAAAUGCAUAUGAUCCUGCUGUCGCAGGAAGUGUAGUCGACAAAAAAUCACAUGUGGAUGAUGCCAAAAACGCAAAAGUAGUUGAUCAAGAAGAUGAAAGUAAAGAGAAACAUUCUGGGUUUUUUGGUAGGUUUAAAAGUCCAAAAUUGAGGAGCAAACAAAGGAGUCGUUCUAAAGAUAAAUAUUCUUCAAACGAAGUAUCCUUUGAUAGUGGAGAUGAAGAAAUACGCAAAACUACAGCCAAAUUUUUGAAAGAUAUUCAACAAAAUACCGACAACACUGAUGAUCCAGCAUUACAGAAAAUUGACCUUAUUGAUGCUGAUCAUGAUGAAAGUAAUCAAGUCGCUGAAUCACUUUCGAUUAAAAAACCUAUUGAGGUAGAGAAUGUUAAACUCGAAGAAAUAAAUGUGCAGUCUAGUGUCGAUGGAAAAGAUACUGAAAAAUCAAGUGGAUUCUUUAACAUGUUCAAGAGCCCGAAAUUAAAAAGUAAAAAAUCUGGUUCAAGAGAACAUAGUGUUUCAAAAGAUGUAUCAGUUGAUAGUGGUGACGAAGAAAUUAAACAAACAAAGUCUUCAAAAGCUGAGAAAAGAAGAUCUCAAAGCCCUAAAGUUGAUGUUAAACCAAAAUCAAUAGAAUCAAGUACCGAUAAAGAUUCCAAUAAUAUAAAACAAGCUACAGUACAGUUUCUGGAAGACAGCAGGAAUGCUGCUGGAAUUAUUGAUGCAUGUCCAUAUAAAUCAGCAUAUUUGUACAAUAAAAGCAUAUUGAUAGAACAAGAACAAAGGGAUAAGGAAAGUAAAAAAGAUAGCAGUGUACAAGUAGCCAAAAAAGAUGCUGAACCUGAUUCUGCAAAUAAAAAAGAAAAAGAUAAAUCAGGUGGAUUUCUAUCUGGAAUCUUCAAAGGAGCAAAACAUACCGCUGAUGAAGUUGUUGACGAAGUAAAGGACUUUGCCAGAGAAACUAAACAAGAAGCUUUUGAAGAGGAGAAGAAAGCUAAAGAGGCAGCAAAGAAAGCUACUAAAGCAGUGCAAGGCGCCAGUGAUGAAGCUGCUGCCGAUGCAAAGAAAAAAGUUGAUAAAGUAGUCUCUGAUAUAUCUACCCUGGAAGAAAAGGCUAAAAAAAAAGUAGAUCAAUCAGGAAAAAAGGUAAAAGAUACUGCAGUAGAUAUUUCUGACAAAUUGCAUGAUGCAGCUGCCAAUGUAAAAGUCUCAAACGAAAAAGUUAAAAAUAAUGUAAAAGAUAGUGCGAGUAAAGUUUCUACCGAAGUGCAAGCAGCAGCACAUGAUGCUCAACAGAAAGGCUAUCAAGUAGCAAAAGAUACUGCUAAUAAAACUGACUCUGCAGUCAAAAAAGGAAAAGAAAAAACCGGUGGAUUUUUAUCUGGAAUACUAAAAGGGGGGAAACAUGCAGCUGAUGAAGUAGCUGAUGACGUUAAAGAAUUCGUAGAUGAAACGAAACAAGAAGCAUUGGACGAAGAAGAAAAAGCUAAGAAGGCGGCAAAGGAUGCCAAAGACGCAGCUGAAAAAGAAAUCGAUCACACUAAGGAAAAGUUAGGCGACGCAGCGUCAAAGGUUUCAGACAAAAUACAUAGCACCGCUGAUGAAGCUAAUGAAAAAGGUAAAAUGAUUAAAGACGAAGUGAAGGAUGCUGCACUCAAGGUUUCUACAGAAGUUCAAGAAACUGCUCAAGACACAAAAGUCAAAGCUGACAAAGCAGCUAAAGAUGCGGCAGAUAAAACUGAUUCAGCAAUCAAAAAAGGAAAAGAAAAAACUGGCGGAUUUCUGUCUGGAAUCUUCAAAGGAGCGAAGCACGCCGCUGAUGAAGUAGUUGACGAGGUAAAAGAAUUUGCUCAAGAAACAAAACAAGAUGCUUUGGAAGAAGAAGAAAAAGCUAAGAAGGCGGCAAAGGAUGCCAAAGACGCAGCUGAAAAAGAAAUCGAUCACGCUAAGAAAAACUUAGAUGACGCAGCGUCAAAGGUUUCAGACAAAAUACAUAGCACCGCUGAUGAUGCAAAUGAAAAGGGUAAAAAGAUUAAAAGCGAAGUAAAGGAUGCUGCAGUGAAGAUUUCUACAGGAGUUCAAGAAACUGCUCAAGACACAAAAGACAAGGCAACUAAAGCAGCUAAAGAUGCGGCAGAUAAAACUGAUUCAGCAAUCAAAAAAGGAAAAGAAAAAACUGGCGGAUUCCUGUCUGGAAUUUUCAAAGGAGCGAAGAACGCCGCUGAUGAAGUAGCUGAUGACGUUAAAGAAUUCGCAGAUGAAACCAAACAAGAAGCUAUGGAAGAAGAAGAAAAAGCUAAGAAAGCGGCAAGGGAUACCAAGGACGCAGCUGAAAAAGAAAUCGAUCAGGCUAAGAGAAAGUUAGAUGAUGCGGCGUCAAAGGUUUCUGACAAAGUGAACGAUGUCACUGUUGAUGCAAAGGAAAAGGAAAAAAAGCUUAAAUAUGAGAUUAAAGAUACGACAAAAAAAGUUUCUUCUGAAGUACAAAAAACAGCCCGGGUCGCAAAGGAGAAAACUGAUAAAGCAUCUAAAGAUGUGGCUGAGAAAACUGAUUCCGUAGUCAAAAAGGGAAAAGAAAAGUCUAGUGGAUUCUUAUCUGGAAUCUUUAAAGGAGCAAAGCAUGCAGCUAAUGAGGUAGUUGAUGAUGUAAAAGAGUUUGAAGAAGAAACAAAGCAGGAUGCUAUUGCUGAAAAGGAAAAGGCUAAGAAAGCUGCUAAAAAUGUAAAGGAUGCUGCAGCCAAAGCUGCUGAGGAGGCAAAGAGCAUUGCUGAUAAUGCUGGCAAAGAUACAAAAAAUGCUGCUGAUAAAGCAAUCAUAGGUACAAAGGAUGCUGUUGAUAAAGUUACAAAAAAGGCGAAAGAUGCUACCGAUGAAGAAGUUAAUCAUGUAAAAGAGACAAUUGACGAGGUUCCCACUAAGGUGUCGGAUGAAGUAAGAGAUGUUGCUGAUGAUGCGCAAUUAACUGGAAACAAAGUAAUGGGCCAGCUCACUUCCGCUAUUGAAGGUGCCUUGUACAAUAAUCAAGAAACAGCAAACAAUAUACAAGAUCCGAUCGAAUCAACAAAAUUAUUUUUACAUGAUGAGAAAACUAAUUUUUAUGAAGAUAGAGAUGCAAAUGAAUUUAAGAAGUUAUACGAUAUGCAAGAUAAUGCUAUCGAACUAAAAAAUAAAAAAGAUAAGACUUUGAAGAAAGGAAAAGAUAAAAGCGGUGGGUUCUUCUCUGGAAUAUUAAAGGGUGCAAAACACGCAGCUGAUGACGUUGUAGAUGAGGUAAAAGAAUUUACUGAAGAGACAAAACAUGACGCUGUUCAGCAAGAAGAAAGCGUUAGAAAAGCGGUUAAGAAAGCUUCUCAAGACGCAAAAGACGUUGUAAAUAAGGCCGCUGCUUAUGUAAAGAAAGAAAGUGAUGAAGUUACUACCCAGAUUUCAACGUCUAAACAAGAGGCUGUAAAAACAGUAGAUCGAACGAAAAUGGAAAUUGAUGAUGCUGCAAAUAAGAUGAAUGAAAAAAUCCAUGAUGGGGCUCAUGACACGAAAGAAAAAACCACAAAAGUAAAAAAUCAAGUCAAAGACAACAUUGAAAAAAUUGCUAAAGAUACACAAGAAGCAGUUCAUGAAGUCAAAGAGAAAAGUGACAAAGCAGGCAAAAAUGCGUUAGCAAAAACUGAUGCUGCAAUGAAAAAGGAAAAAGAAAAAACAAGCGGAUUUUUGUCAGGCAUCUUUAAGGGGGUUAAGCACGCUGCUGAUGAAGUCGUUGAUGAGGUAAAAGAAUUUGCAGAGGAAACAAAACAGGAAGCUAUCGUAGAAGAGGAAAUGGCCAAAAGAGCGUCCAAAGAAGCUUCAAAUGACGCCAAGAAUGCAAUAAAUAAAGCUACUUCCGACGUAAUUAAUGAAGCUGACGUAUUAGCUUCCAAAAUUGCUAAGACCGAAAAAGAAGUUGAAAAAAGUGUAGGACAUGCACAGCAAAAAUUAGGAGAUGCCACAGAUCGUGCUGAGAACGAAUUGCAAAACGUUAUUGAUGAAUCGGAAAAUAAGGGUCAUGAAGUUACAAGCAAAGUAAAAGAUACAGCAAAUCAAGUUUCUAUUGGUAUACAAGAAUCAGUUCAGCAUACGAAGGCAAAGGGCGAUAAGACUACUAAAGAUAUCGCUAGCAAAGCAGAUUCAACUAUUAAAAGAGGUAAGGAAAAGACCGGUGGAUUUUUAUCUGGCAUUUUUAAGGGUGCUAAACACGCUACUGAUGAAGCAGACAGACAAUCAGAAGAUUUUGUUGAUAAAAUAAAUCAAGAAGCCUUAAAAGAAGAACAGAAAGCAAAAACAUCAGCUAAGCAAGUAGCUAAAGACGCACGAGAUAGUCAAGACAAAGCUACAGCAGAUCUAAAUGAUAAAAUGGAUGACGUUUCAUUCAAAUUAUCUAUUGCAGAACAAAAAAGCGGAAAAGAUAUUAAAGAUUUUACCUUAAAAAUUCCUGACAUACUAGAUAGUACUGAUGAUAAUGUUGAACAAAAAGGUAAAAAAGUUGAGGCUAACAUUAUUGCUUCUGCUGAAAACGCACAAUUAAAAACUCAAAAUAUUGCAGAUGAUGCCCUUGACCCUAUACGAUCUACUGAAUUGUUAUUAAAUGACAUGAAAAAUAAUUUCAAAGAUGAGGCAGGAACGACUAAAGAAAGAUUAGUAAAAGAUGUUCAUAAUGCGAAAACUAAAUUUACCAUUAAUAUUACAGACAAAAGUAAAAAGAUCGACGAUGAAAUUUCUCAUUCUGCAAAUGAGAUUUCUGAUCAAACACAAAAAAUAGUUCAUGAUGUUGAACAGAAAACUAAUAAGAGAACUGAAGAUGUUGAAGAAAAAGCAGAAGCGGCAAUAAAAAAAGGGAAAGGAAAGACAGGCGGAUUUUUGUCUGGAAUCUUCAAAGGAGCAAAGCACGCCGCUGAUGAAGUAGUUGACGAGGUAAAAGAAUUUGCUGAAGAAACGAAACAAGAUGCUUUGGAAGAAGAAGAAAAAGCUAAGAAAGCGGCAAAAGAUGCCAAAGACGCAGCUGAGAAAGAAAUCGAUCACGCUAAGAAAAAGUUAGAUGACGCAGCGUCAAAGGUUACUGACAAAAUACAUAGCACCGCUGAUGAUGCUAAGGAAAAGGGUAAAAAGAUUAAAAGCGAAGUAAAGGAUGCUGCAGUGAAGAUUUCUACAGGAGUUCAAGAAACUGCUCAAGACACAAAAGCCAAGGCUGACAAAGCAGCUAAAGAUGCUGCAGAUAAAACUGAAUUAGAGAUUAAAAAGGGAAAAGAAAAGACGAGCGGAUUUCUUUCUGGAAUCUUCAAAGGAGCAAAACAUGCAGCUGAUGAAGUAGCUGAUGAAGUAGCUGAUGACGUUAAAGAAUUGGUAGAUGAAACAAAACAAGAUGCUUUGGAAGAAGAAGAAAAAGCUAAGAAGGCGGCAAAGGAUGCCAAAGACGCAACUGAAAAAGAAAUCGAUCACGCUAAGAAAAACUUAGAUGACGCAGCGUCAAAGGUUUCAGACAAAAUACAUAGCACCGCUGAUGAAGCAAAAGAAAAAGGUAAAAUGAUUAAAGACGAAGUGAGGGAUGCUGCACUCAAGGUUUCUACAGAAGUUCAAGAAACUGCUCAAGACACAAAAGUCAAGGCUGACAAAGCAGCUAAAGAUGCGGCAGAUAAAACUGAUGCGACAAUCAAAAAAGGAAAGGAAAAAACUGGUGGAUUUCUGUCUGGAAUUUUCAAAGGAGCGAAGCACUCUGCAGGUGAGGUUGUUGAUGAAGUGAAAGAGUUUGCAGAAGAAACAAAGCAGGAUGCUAUCAAUGAAGAGGAAAAAGCUAAGAAAGCUGCUUUGCGUGCAAAAGAUGUAGCAGAGAAAGUCGUCAAGGAUACUAAAGAUGCUGCUGAUAAGGCUGUCAAAGAUGCAAAACAUUCUGCUGAUAAAGCAGCUGAAAAGGCAAAAGAUACUGUUGACAAAGCAGCCGCAAAUGCAAAAGAUAAGGGCAAGAAAACUAAAGAUCAAGUAAAACGUACACAGGGCAAUGUUGCUCACGGCUUAAAAGAGGUAACGAACGAUGCAAAGCAGAAAGGAGAUAAGACAGUAAAGCAAACGGCAGAAAAAACUGAUAUAGCAAUAAAAAAAGGAAAGGAAAAAACCGGUGGGUUUUUAUCUGGGAUACUUAAAGGAGCUAAACACGCAGCAGAUGACGUAGCUGACGAAGUCAAGGAAUUCGUCGAAGAAACCAAACAAGAAGCUAUCAACGAAGAGCGAAAGGCUGAUAAAGAUUUCAAAGACACGAAGGACACGGCAAAAAAUGAAAGAGAUUAUACAAAGAGAAAGUUAGAAGACUCCAAAUCUAAAAUUUCGGAAAAACUAGCUGAUGUAGCUAAAGAAACGGAUUCUGCAAUUAAAAAGAAUAAAGAAAAAAGUGGAGGCUUUCUUGCUGGAAUCUUUAAAGGAGUUAAACACACGUCUGAAGAGGUAGUUGAUGACAUAAAUGGACUGGUAGAUGAAACAAAAACAAAGAUACGUAAAGAAGAUGAAAAAAUUGAAGAGGCAACUAAAAAGGCUGUUGAAAAUAAAGAUGACGUCGAUAAAGCAGUAGAAGAAAUUAAAAAAGAAGCAAAUGCAUUAGCAUACAGAAUAGUUGAUGCAGAGAAUGAUUCUACAAGAAUCGUUGAAAGCACUAUGUCGGACGUUUUAAAGAAAGGGCAUGAAAUAACUGACGAAGGUAAGCAUGAAAGUCUGAAAAUAAAAGAUAAAAUUAUCGAUGAUAUUGAGAACGCACAUCUAAAAGUUAAGGAUAUUCAAACUCAAAAUGUGAUAGACCCUAUUCGAUCAACAGAAUUACUGUUAGAUGAAAUGAGAAAAAAUGUUCAUGAUUUAGAAGACAAUACGAUGGCAAGCGUAGCUUUUAUCAAGAAAGAAAGUCAAGUAGUAGCCCACGAUGCUAAAGUUAAGAGUGAUAAAUUACUUGAGGAUUUGUCAGAUGAUGCAAAGCUAGAAGGUAAAAAGGUUACAGAUAAGCUAAAAGAUGACGUGAAAAAAGUUUCAGCGGAUGUGCAACAAGCAGCGCACGAAACAGAAGAGAAGGCAAACAAAGCAGCUAAAGAUGCGGCAGAUAAAACUGAUUCAGCAAUCAAAAAAGGAAAAGAAAAAACGGGCGGAUUCCUGUCUGGAAUUUUCAAAGGAGCGAAGCAUGCCGCAGAUGAAGUAGCUGAUGAAGUUAAAGAAUUCGUAGAUGAAACCAAACAAGAAGCUAUGGAAGAAAAAGAAAAAGCUAAAAAAGCAGCAAAGGAUGCUAAAGACGCAGCUGAAAAAGAAAUCGAUCACGCUAAGAAAAACUUAGAUGACGCAGCGUCAAAGAUUUCAGACAAAAUACAUAGCACCGCUGAUGAAGCAAAAGAAAAAGGUAAAAUGAUUAAAGACGAAGUGAAGGAUGCUGCACUCAAGGUUUCUACAGAAGUUCAAGAAACUGCUCAAGACACAAAAGUCAAGGCUGACAAAGCAGCUAAAGAUGCGGCAGAUAAAACUGAUGCGACAAUCAAAAAAGGAAAGGAAAAAACUGGUGGAUUUCUGUCUGGAAUUUUCAAAGGAGCGAAGCACGCCGCUGAUGAAGUAGUUGACGAGGUAAAAGAAUUUGCUGAAGAAACAAAACAAGAUGCUUUGGAAGAAGAAGAAAAAGCUAAGAAGGCGGCAAAGGAUGCCAAAGACGCAGCUGAAAAAGAAAUCGAUCACGCUAAGAAAAACUUAGAUGACGCAGCGUCAAAGGUUUCAGACAAAAUACAUAGCACCGCUGAUGAUGCUAAUGAAAAGGGUAAAAAGAUUAAAAGCGAAGUAAAGGAUGCUGCAGUGAAGAUUUCUACAGGAGUUCAAGAAACUGCUGAAGACACAAAAGACAAGGCAACCAAAGGAGCCAGAGAUGCGGCAGAUAAAACUGAAUUAGAGAUUAAAAAAGGAAAAGAAAAAACGGGCGGAUUCCUGUCUGGAAUUUUCAAAGGAGCGAAGAACGCCGCUGAUGAAGUAGCUGAUGACGUUAAAGAAUUCGCAGAUGAAACCAAACAAGAAGCUAUGGAAGAAGAAGAAAAAGCUAAGAAGGCGGCAAAGGAUGCCAAAGACGCAGCUGAAAAAGAAAUCGAUCACGCUAAGAAAAACUUAGAUGACGCAGCGUCAAAGGUUUCAGACAAAAUACAUAGCACCGCUGAUGAAGCAAAAGAAAAAGGUAAAAUGAUUAAAGACGAAGUGAAGGAUGCUGCACUCAAGGUUUCUACAGAAGUUCAAGAAGCUGCUCAAGACACAAAAGUCAAGGCUGACAAAGCAGCUAAAGAUGCGGCAGAUAAAACUGAUGCGACAAUCAAAAAAGGAAAGGAAAAAACUGGUGGAUUUCUGUCUGGAAUUUUCAAAGGAGCGAAGCACGCCGCUGAUGAAGUAGUUGACGAGGUAAAAGAAUUUGCUGAAGAAACAAAACAAGAUGCUUUGGAAGAAGAAGAAAAAGCUAAGAAGGCGGCAAAGGAUGCCAAAGACGCAGCUGAAAAAGAAAUCGAUCACGCUAAGAAAAACUUAGAUGACGCAGCGUCAAAGAUUUCAGACAAAAUACAUAGCACCGCUGAUGAAGCAAAAGAAAAAGGUAAAAUGAUUAAAGACGAAGUGAAGGAUGCUGCACUCAAGGUUUCUACAGAAGUUCAAGAAACUGCUCAAGACACAAAAGUCAAGGCUGACAAAGCAGCUAAAGAUGCGGCAGAUAAAACUGAUGCGACAAUCAAAAAAGGAAAGGAAAAAACUGGUGGAUUUCUGUCUGGAAUUUUCAAAGGAGCGAAGCACGCCGCUGAUGAAGUAGUUGACGAGGUAAAAGAAUUUGCUCAAGAAACAAAACAAGAUGCUUUGGAAGAAGAAGAAAAAGCUAAGAAGGCGGCAAAGGAUGCCAAAGACGCAGCUGAAAAAGAAAUCGAUCACGCUAAGAAAAACUUAGAUGACGCAGCGUCAAAGGUUUCAGACAAAAUACAUAGCACCGCUGAUGAUGCAAAUGAAAAGGGUAAAAAGAUUAAAAGCGAAGUAAAGGAUGCUGCAGUGAAGAUUUCUACAGGAGUUCAAGAAACUGCUCAAGACACAAAAGACAAGGCAACUAAAGCAGCUAAAGAUGCGGCAGAUAAAACUGAUUCAGCAAUCAAAAAAGGUAAAGAAAAAACUGGUGGAUUUCUGUCUGGAAUUUUCAAAGGAGCGAAGAACGCCGCAGAUGAAGUAGCUGAUGACGUUAAAGAAUUCGUAGAUGAAACCAAACAAGAAGCUAUGGAAGAAAAAGAAAAAGCUAAGAAAGCAGCAAAGGAUGCCAAAGACGCAGCUGAAAAAGAAGUAGACAAUGCGAAGAAAAAGCUAGAUGAAACAGCGUCAAAGGUUUCUGACAAUAUACAUAGCACCGCUGAUGAUGCUAAGGAAAAGGGUAAAAAGAUUAAAGAAGAAGUGAAAAAUGCUGCAGUCAAGGUUUCUACAGAAGUACAACAAACAGCCGAGGACACGAAAGACAAGGCAAACAAAGCAGCCAAAGAUGCGGCAGAUAAAACUGAAUUAGAGAUUAAAAAAGGAAAAGAAAAAACGGGCGGAUUACUGUCUGGAAUUUUCAAAAGAGCGAAGCACGCCGCAAAUGAAGUAGCUGAUGACGUUAAAGAAUUCGUAGAUGAAACCAAACAAGAAGCUAUGGAAGAAGAAGAAAAAGCUAAGAAGGCGGCAAAGGAUGCCAAAGACGCAGCUGAAAAAGAAAUCGAUCACGCUAAGAAAAACUUAGAUGACGCAGCGUCAAAGGUUUCAGACAAAAUACAUAGCACCGCUGAUGGAGCAAAAGAAAAAGGUAAAAUGAUUAAAAGCGAAGUAAAGGAUGCUGCAGUGAAGAUUUCUACAGGAGUUCAAGAAACUGCUCAAGACACAAAAGACAAGGCAACUAAAGCAGCUAAAGAUGCGGCAGAUAAAACUGAUUCAGCAAUCAAAAAAGGAAAAGAAAAAACUGGCGGAUUCCUGUCUGGAAUUUUCAAAGGAGCGAAGAACGCCGCUGAUGAAGUAGCUGAUGACGUUAAAGAAUUCGCAGAUGAAACCAAACAAGAAGCUAUGGAAGAAGAAGAAAAAGCUAAGAAAGCGGCAAGGGAUACCAAGGACGCAGCUGAAAAAGAAAUCGAUCACGCUAAGAAAAACUUAGAUGACGCAGCGUCAAAGGUUUCAGACAAAAUACAUAGUACUGCUGAUGAAGCAAAAGAAAAAGGUAAAAAGAUUAAGGGCGAAGUGAAGGAUGCUGCAGUCAAGGUUUCUACAGGAGUUCAAGAAACUGCUCAAGACACAAAAGUCAAGGCUGACAAAGCAGCUAAAGAUGCGGCAGAUAAAACUGAAUUAGAGAUUAAAAAAGGAAAAGAAAAAACGGGCGGAUUACUGUCUGGAAUUUUCAAAGGAGCGAAGCACGCCGCAAAUGAAGUAGCUGAUGACGUUAAAGAAUUCGUAGAUGAAACCAAACAAGAAGCUAUGGAAGAAGAAGAAAAAGCUAAGAAGGCGGCAAAGGAUGCCAAAGACGCAGCUGAAAAAGAAAUCGAUCACGCUAAGAAAAAGUUAAAUAAAGCAGCAGGAAAGGGUAAGAAGAUCAAAGAUGAAGUCAAGGAGGCUGCAGUGAAGGUUUCUACAGAAGUACAACAAACUGCUCAAGACGCAAAAGACAAGACUCACAAAGCAGCCAAAGAUGUUGCGGAUAAAACAGAUGCUGCUGUGAAAAAUGGAAAUGAUAAAACAGGUAGAUUUUUGUCAGGAAUCUUCAAGGGCGUCAAGCACGCGACCGAUGAAGUUGUCGAUGACGUGAAGGAAUUUGCGGGAGAGACGAAACAAGAUGCCAUAGAGGAAGAGAAGAAAUCUAAGGAAGCUGUUAAAGACACUAAUGAUUUAGUUGUGUCAAAAAUAGAUCAUACAAAGAAAAAUCUAGACGAAUCAGCAGCUACAGUUUCUAAUAAAUUGCACGUUGUCUUUGAGGAUACAAAAGAUAAAGGUAAAGAGAUCAAAGAUAAUCUGAAUGAUAGUGCGCAAAAAGUUUCUACUGAUUAUCAGCAAAUAGUGCAUGAUGCUAAACAAGCAUCCGACGAUGUGAAAAAUGAUGGUCAAAAAAUAAAAGACGAAGUUCUAAAUACUAUUGAAAACAUGCACUUGAAGCGUGUGGAUUUCACACAAGAUCCUAUUGAUCCAAUCCGAUCUACAGAGCUACUAUUACAUGAUAUGAAAAAUAAUGCUCAAGAUUUAACAUACACAACAACAAACGUAUCUGAUGAUCUUCGUCAUCAAGUAAAGGAUUCCAUUAAUCAGGUUUCUGAACAAACUUACAUGGUAGUGAACGAUGCAACUGAUAAAAUUGAUGGAACAACAAAAAAAGGAAAAGACAAAUCCAGCAGUAUUCUUUCUGGAAUCUUCAAAGGUUCAAAACGCACAGCUGAUGAGAUUGUUGGAGAGGUCGAAGAAUUUACGGAAAAAACCAACCAAUAUGCUCUUAAUGAAGAAAAGAAAAUCAAAGAAGCAGCUAAGGAUGCUAUAAAUGAAGUUGGAAAGGACAUGAAAGAUGAAAAAAAAAGAUUAAAAAUUGUUGAAGAACAAGCGAAAGAAACAUCAGAUAAGAUUUCUGUUAAUGUAAAAGAUGCUGCGUUCGAUCUGAAACAAAAGAAAGAAAAGGCUCUUAAAGAAGCUUCUGAGAAAACUGAUUCAGAACUUAAGAAAAACAAAGGAAAGGCUGGUGGCUUUUUUACUGGGAUGUUCAAGGGAGCAAAGCACGCCGCAGAUGAAGUAAUUGACGAGGUAAAAGAAUUUGCUGAAGAAACGAAACAAGAAGCUCUAGAGGAAGAAGAAAAAGCUAAUAAAGCAGCAAAGGAUGCUAAAGACGCAGCUAAACAAGAAAUCGAUCACGCUAAGAAAAAGUUAGAUGACGCAGCGUCAAAGGUUUCAGACAAAAUACAUAGCACCGCUGAUGAAGUAAAAGAAAAAGGUAAAAUGAUUAAAGACGAAGUGAAGGAUGCUGCAGUCAAGGUUUCUACAGAAGUUCAAGAAACAGCCGAGGACACGAAAGACAAGGCAACCAAAGCAGCUAAAGAUGCGGCAGAUAAAACUGACUCGGCAAUAAAAAAAGGAAAGGAAAAAACUGGCGGAUUUCUGUCUGGAAUUUUCAAAGGAGCGAAGCAUGCCGCAGAUGAAGUAUCUGAUGACGUUAAAGAAUUCGUAGAUGAAACGAAACAAGAAGCUCUGGAAGAAGAAGAAAAAGCUAAUAAAGCAGUAAAGGAUGCUAAAGACGCAGCUGAAAAAGAAAUCGAUCACGCUAAGAAAAAGUUAGAUGACGCAGCGUCAAAGGUUUCAGACAAAAUACAUAGCACCGCUGAUGAAGCAAAAGAAAAAGGUAAAAUGAUUAAAGAUGAAGUGAAAGAUGCUGCAGUCAAGGUUUCUACAGAAGUUCAAGAAACAGCCGAGGACACGAAAGACAAGGCAACCAAAGCAGCUAAAGAUGCGGCAGAUAAAACUGACUCGGCAAUAAAAAAAGGAAAGGAAAAAACUGGCGGAUUUCUGUCUGGAAUUUUCAAAGGAGCGAAGCACGCCGCUGAUGAAGUAGUUGACGAGGUAAAAGAAUUUGCUGAAGAAACAAAACAAGAUGCUUUGGAAGAAGAAGAAAAAGCUAAGAAGGCGGCAAAGGAUGCCAAAGACGCAGCUGAAAAAGAAAUCGAUCACGCUAAGAAAAACUUAGAUGACGCAGCGUCAAAGGUUUCAGACAAAAUACAUAGCACCGCUGAUGAAGUAAAAGAAAAAGGUAAAAUGAUUAAAGACGAAGUGAAGGAUGCUGCAGUCAAGGUUUCUACAGAAGUUCAAGAAACAGCCGAGGACACGAAAGACAAGGCAACCAAAGCAGCUAAAGAUGCGGCAGAUAAAACUGACUCGGCAAUAAAAAAAGGAAAGGAAAAAACUGGCGGAUUUCUGUCUGGAAUUUUCAAAGGAGCGAAGCAUGCCGCAGAUGAAGUAUCCGAUGACGUUAAAGAAUUCGUAGAUGAAACGAAACAAGAAGCUCUGGAAGAAGAAGAAAAAGCUAAUAAAGCAGUAAAGGAUGCUAAAGACGCAGCUGAAAAAGAAAUCGAUCACGCUAAGAAAAAGUUAGAUGACGCAGCGUCAAAGGUUUCAGACAAAAUACAUAGCACCGCUGAUGAAGCAAAAGAAAAAGGUAAAAUGAUUAAAGAUGAAGUGAAAGAUGCUGCAGUCAAGGUUUCUACAGAAGUUCACGAAACAGCCGAGGACACGAAAGACAAGGCAACCAAAUCAGCCAAAGAUGCGGCAGAUAAAACUGACUCGGCAAUAAAAAAAGGAAAGGAAAAAACUGGCGGAUUUCUGUCUGGAAUUUUCAAAGGAGCGAAGCAUGCCGCAGAUGAAGUAGCUGAUGACGUUAAAGAAUUCGUAGAUGAAACGAAACAAGAAGCUAUUGAAGAAAAAGAAAAAGCUAAGAAAGCAGCAAAGGAUGCUAAAGACGCAGCUGAAAAAGAAGUAGACAAUGCGAAGAAAAAGCUAGAUGAAACAGCGUCAAAGGUUUCAGACAAAAUACAUAGUACUGCUGAUGAAGCAAAAGAAAAAGGUAAAAAGAUUAAGGGCGAAGUGAAGGAUGCUGCAGUGAAGAUUUCUACAGAAGUUCAAGAAACUACUCAAGAGACAAAAGCCAAGGCUGACAAAGCAGCCAAAGAUGCGGCAGAUAAAACUGACUCGGCAAUAAAAAAAGGAAAGGAAAAAACUGGCGGAUUUCUGUCUGGAAUUUUCAAAGGAGCGAAGCAUGCCGCAGAUGAAGUAUCUGAUGACGUUAAAGAAUUCGUAGAUGAAACGAAACAAGAAGCUCUGGAAGAAGAAGAAAAAGCGAAGAAAGCAGCAAAGGAUGCCAAAGACGCAGCUGAGAAAGAAAUCGAUCACGCUAAGAAAAAAUUAGAUGAUGCAGCGUCAAAGGUUUCAGACAAAAUACAUAGCACCGCUGAUGAAGCAAAAGAAAAAGGUAAAAAGAUUAAAAGCGAAGUAAAGGAUGCUGCAGUGAAGAUUUCUACAGGAGUUCAAGAAACUGCUCAAGACACAAAAGACAAGGCUGACAAAGCAGCCAAAGAUGCGGCAGAUAAAACUGAUGCGGCAAUUAAAAAAGGCAAGGAAAAAGCUGGUGGAUUUCUGUCUGGAAUUUUCAAAGGAGCGAAGCACGCCGCUGAUGAAGUAGCUGAUGACGUUAAAGAAUUCGUAGAUGAAACCAAACAAGAAGCUCUGGAAGAAGAAGAAAAAGCUAAGAAAGCAGCAAAGAAUGCUAAAGACGCAGCUAAGAAAGAAAUCGAUCACGCUAAGAAAAAGUUAGAUGACGCAGCGUCAAAGGUUUCUGACAAAAUACAUAGCACCGCUGAUGAUGCUAAGGAAAAGGGUAAAAAGAUUAAAGACGAAGUGAAAGAUGCUGCAGUCAAGGUUUCUACAGAAGUACAACAAACAGCCGAGGACACGAAAGACAAGGCAACCAAUGCAGCCAAAGAUGCGGCAGAUAAAACUGAUGCAUCGAUAAAAAAAGGUAAAGACAGAACCAGUGGAUUCUUAUCCGGUAUUUUCAAAGGUUCAAAGAACUCUGCAGACGAAGCUGCUGAUGACCUGGUGGAUUUUGUUGAGGAAGCGAAACAAAGGGCUCACGAAGAAGCAGAUAAAAUCGAAAGUCUAGCUAGGGAAACGGCUCGUGAGACAGUUGACGCAGUCGAUAUUGCUGCUAAUGACGUACGUAAAGAUGUUAGUAAAGUGAGAUCGUUAUCUUCUGAAACCGAACAUGAUGACGAUAUCUCUUUGAAGGGUAAAAGUGCGAAGUUUUCGAAAAAGACUGAUAGUUUAGAAGUAGCAGAUCCUAAGACGGCUACCUUAAUGUUGCUUGAAGAUUCAAGAAACAUGGCAUUUGCAACUAACGAUAGUUUUCUAGUGAGACAUGAUUCCUCUAGCUCUGAAUCGAGUUCAGCCAGGAGUUCGUUAGAGCGUGACGCUUCGGGCAAAAAAGAUAAGGAUAAAACGAAAAAAUCGAAGAAAAGUGGUGUAAUAUCGAGCAUAAUGAAGAAAACCAAAGGUGCUACGCACAAAAUAGCUAAAGAAGUUGAUCACGCGGCGGAGGGUAUCAAAGACGCUACAGGUAAAUUCUGGGAAGACACAAAGAGGGAAUCCAAGGAUUCCAGGCCAUCCGGUAGUUAUGAUGUAACGCCAGCCGCCAGCGAUUACGACAAAGUUAAGGACGAGAUAGCGUUAGAAUCUGACGUGACGCUAGAAUCUUCGAAAGUAUUACGUAGUCCAUCGGCUAUUGUUCACACGGUUGAAUCACGCAUUCCACGGGACGUUCAGUCUUAUCAGGAGAUAGAGAGGAUAGAAAGGUCCGAUAUUAAAAUUGUUAAACAAUCGGUGACGAUAGUAUCGAGCGAUGUUUCUAGUACUAGCUUAUCACAUUCUCAACCUCACGCACAUCAAACCGUCACCACAGUCGUAACAAAGUCUGUGCGGACGGCAGCGACCCCACCACCCAGCCCUGCCGAGUUCACUGACAAUAGCAGUAAAGAUAUAACGGAGGAAGCAGCCAAGAGGGCGCAACUUCUAGCCGACAACGCUCUGUCACUCAAACAGACAGGGCAUGAUUCGGCUGAGAUUGAUGGGACUGUAGAGAGGCAUGCUUCUUCUACUCCAACAAAGCAACCCGUUCCUGCUCCUCGACACUCCGCCGUGGUCAAGACCACGUCGUCAGAGCAUAACGACCUGAAACUUGAUCUCAAGAACAGCUCGCCCAAAAGCUCGAUCAAGAAAAAGUCCAAGAUACCCGAGCCAGUCAAGCCGACACGUCCACUCACCAGCAAGAAAGACAUCGCCGAGAACGACAAGCCAGCGGCCAAGAGGAAGAGCCUCGGCAACGACGACAGCAACAAGCUCGCAAACGAGCCGGAAAGCAACAAGGUGGCCGAGAUCGACGCGAUCCUCCGCGAGAACGUCGUCAGCUACGCCCAGGACUCGUUCUACCCCAAGGACGAUGAGGAGGAGGUGGCUCGCUUCACGAAGAAGACCGUCACCACGAUAAAGACGACGGAGAGCAAUUACGACCUGGACCACCCGGAAACCGACAAGGAAGCCACGAGCUCCAGCCAGACGAUAGUCGAGACCGUGACGACGAAGAAGUUCUCCGACGGGAACAAGCAGGAAUCCUGGCGAACGAUGAGCAGCUCGGGUGAGGCCAGCGUACCCGCCGAGCUCUGGGAGAGCGGCGGACAGUUCUCGGUGAUGGACGUGUCGCCGGUCUCGUGCAACAACGACGACCCGAAGAACGGCUCGAGGCAAGGGACCAUCAGUGACACCGACAGCGACGGCUGCUCCCCCCAGCGGCGAAGAUCGAGCCGCAGGCGGACCCUCGGCAGCUCCAGCGGCUCAGAUGUCGCGCUGCACGAGGGCGCCGAGCUCUCGCCCAUGGAGGACGACCAAGACGAGAAACGAGAAACUUACCUAAACGACGAGAGUUCAGGCCCGGUUAACGCUCAGGUUAACGGCCGAGUAGCCCUAGCGCCGAGCAAGGAGAGUAGACAGUGCAGCUGUACAUUUAAGAUGAUUGCAACCGCCACGAUUUUGGUGCUCCUGCUAGCUGUUAUUUUUGCUAUGGAGCCGGAAAGUUUUGACAGCGUCACCAGCACCCUUUCUAGUCGUUCUUUGAGGGAUACUGGAAAAUGACUUCAUGCAACAAAACGAGCCUACCUUCAUGGAAACGACGACUACGACUGAACUCAACCCCGAAACACACGAAAGGAUAACCACGAGAGUCACACGAACGAUGACGACGUCAGUGCCUGGAGCGACUGAGGACAGCGAGGAGAUGCGCGAGUCGAUGCAGAAGAUCGUCGACCAAUUCAUGACGGAGGAGCGAAAGGGACAGUGAACAAUUCACUACUCCGAUGAAAUUCGAUGAGUCGAAGAUGCGAGGAACACUUUAUACAUAGACUAUAUAAAUAUAUAAAUAUAUAUAAAGUAUAGGCGUAAAAUAAAAAAUAAACGGACGCGAACUUUUUGAAACGAAUAUCGCGAGCCUCUUGUGUUCUCUAUAUUAUACAUAAUGACGAUGAGAAAAAAAGCACUUCCGCGCCGACCGCGCAGCUGAGCCACAGGUACGUCAUCGUCAAUAACGAUGAGCGCUUCUGGCCUAUAUUAAACGGAUCGUCGUCGCGUUUGUUAUACUUUCGGAAAAUCGAGGAAAGGAGAUGAAUAAUAUGAUAUAAACAAUGAAUCAUGAUGAAUUAUUAUAUAUGAAUAUAUAAAUUAAGCAAAGACAACAAUUACGAUGAAUUAUAUUACAUUGCUUCUAUCGUUCACUCCCCCUGUCCCCUCUGCUCUCUAUCUCUAUGUAGCCUUAUUGUGUUCGCUCUCGUGCGCGUGAUGAGCGACGGGAGAUGUGACGAUCGUAUAUAGCCGCAUGCAGUUCGCGACUAGCUUUUUGCAUAAUAUAUAACGUUAGUCUCUCUCAUUCCCCCUCCACUACGUCAGCCCGUCCAUAUGUGAACGUUUAUUGUAUGCAUCUCUCAUAAUAUAUACGCGGCAAAGAGGACAGUUAUUACACACGCGCGUGACAUGCAGAGGCGAACUAUUUAGGUAGCUAUGAUGGGAGAAAGAGUUGUGUAAUGCAUAGAGAAUGUUAUAAAGCGAAAUCAAAUUAUAUCGGCGUAUUAUAUAUAGACGAUGUGAGAGAGGAAAGGAGGAGGUGACGCGUAGCGUAGUGUCAGCCAAUUCGAAUGAACUGUAACGAUGUAAUUGUAUACUCGAACAUCAUUUACCCGAUGAUGGGCGAUCGUUGUUAAUUUGUAAGAUUAUAAGAUUCUAUGAGCUUCGGCUUUCGGUGGACAAUUUUAAAGCUAAACAAAAUCAUGAGGCGAAGAUUUAUAAUAUAAUUAUACAAUUAUGCUUUCCCCCGCAAUCCUUAAUAUCAUAUUGAUUGAUCUAUUAUAUAUUAUUAUCGUAAGAUAUGAAGAGAGUGUUAAACGAUUAUAUAUAUGUAUGCUGACUUGCCAUUCCGCAAAGCACAAACGCAUAUAAUGAUGACGAAGAAGCACAAUAAAAAUCGAGAAUUCUCCCUUUCUCUUUUAAAGCUGUAUUGAAGAAAAUGAAAGUUAUUAUUAUUAUUAUACAAUUAAUCACAUUAUUAUAUUACUAUGCGUGUCUGCGCGACAGGCGAGUUUCUGGUUUGAGGCAAUGGCAAGGCAUCGUGUUUUUAAAAACGACCGAUGAAAAAAAAAGAUUAAAUGAAAAUAAUGAAUAAACGACGAAAUAUAAUAAUUA